AUGGGCAAAACUGUGAAUUCUGCGUCUUCUUCCUCCAACGUCCAUGUUAUGGCGGAUCAUGACAAAGGAGAAUCUAUUAUGUUUGGUAGGAUUUGUGCACCGUUAUCUAAAAAGGAAGUGAAGAAUUAUUCACUCCCUUUGUCACCUAGUCGUAAAGCAAUUGGUGACAAACAUCUUGAGUUAGUAUCUAAUUCUAGUAAUUCAAUUUCCUCAUCAUAUACGCCUACUACUGGUUCUGAACCAAGAAAAUUCAAGAGGAGAACCCGAGUUGAUUUAGAUUUGGCUAAGGGCAGUGGAGCCAAAUGUAUUGCACCUAGCUCCAAUUCAAGCUAUGUUGUAGUUGAUGGUCCCAAGUUGGAUCCUUGUGUUAGAAAGCCAGAGUUCAGACCAUAUGAUAUUUGCUUUCAGGGAAGAAGAAACCAUGCUUCAAUAGGAGCUACAUUGCCUGAAGAAAACAAAAAAAGUGGAAUUGGGAAGCAGGAUGAAUGGAAAGAAGGGUGGGUGUUGAGGCCUGGUAUGGUUCUCUUGAAAAAUUUCAUAAGCCAUGAUGAACAGGUGGAGAUAGUGAAAGUUUGUCGUGAACUUGGUCUUGGUCCUGGAGGAUUUUAUCAACCAGGAUAUGCAACUGGAGCGAAACUUCGAUUGAAGAUGAUGUGCCUUGGUUGGGACUGGGAUCCACAGACCUAUAAAUAUAGAAAGAAACGGGUAAUUGAUGGUAGCACCCCACCUAGUAUUCCCAAUUACUUCAGUCAACUGGUUACAAGAGCAAUCCAAGAAGCCCAGUGUCUAACUAAAAAGGAAUAUAGAGUAUUGAAUGUGGAGGAUGUUCUUCCUUUAAUGACUCCGGAUAUUUGCAUCGUCAAUUUUUAUACCAACAAUGGAAAGCUUGGUCUUCAUCAAGAUCGUGAUGAAAGCAAAGAAAGUCUCCGAAAAGGUUUGCCCGUUGUAUCCUUCUCUAUUGGUGAUUCAGCAGAUUUUCUUUAUGGAGAUGAGAGGGAUGUAGAUAAGGCAGAGAGUGUAAUUCUAGAAUCAGGAGAUGUGUUGAUAUUUGGUGGUGAUUCUCGACAUGUUUUCCAUGGUGUGCCAUCAGUUUUUCCAAAUUCAGCUCCAAAAAAAUUAUUGAGAGAUUCUUGCCUUUCUGCUGGUCGACUCAAUCUUACAUUCAGACAAUAUUAA